UCUGGGGCGUUUCCUCCCUCUUUAAGAAGAGUACCUGAGCUCCACACAGGUUAUUUCAGACGGAUCGAGCGGAUGGGAAUGACAGGAUCAGCGGUUUGGAGGAGUGCAGCACUGAGGGCCCUUGUGUUCGGGGUCCUGCUAGUGCUGGUUUGUGCAGGACCCAGACCUGAACACAGGAGCACACAGCAUCAGAGAGAUCAGGCUCAGACUCAGAGAGGUCAGAGCGAUGGACAGCGCGUUCACUUCCCUUCUCUUCAUGACACACAGCGCGUCCAGAUCCCUUCAGUGGACGAUGCACAGGGGUGUCCUGCUGGUCACUAUCUGGACAGAAGCGGUGCGUUUGCUCGUUGUGUUCGCUGCUCCUGUAACGGCUUCUCGAACGAGUGUGAGGAAAACACCGGCCGAUGUCUGAACUGCCGGGACAACAGAGCAGGGGAUCAGUGUGAGCGCUGCAGAGACGGCUUUUACUCAGACGCAGCGCACAGAUGCAGCGCGUGCCCGUGUCCUCUCAGCAACCACGCCAACAACUUUGCAUUGGGCUGCACUGAAACCGAUGGCAGACUUCUGUGUCUGUGUAAAGACGGUUACACCGGUGAAAGAUGCGAGCGAUGUGCUCCGGGAUAUUACGGUGAUCCUCUGGUCUCUGGUGGACGCUGUCGUCUGUGCAUCUGUCCUGGGAGCCUGUGUGACUCCAAGACUGGAGUGUGCAGGAAUUCUCUGGAGCUCCAGGACACAGACACAGAAGAGCAGUGUGAAGAGUGUGAUAACUGUGCACAGACAUUACUGACUGGUCUGGAGAAGCUUGAUAUUGAGCUGAGAAGAAUUAAAGAUCAGCUGGAUCUGGACUCUCUCAGACCUUCAUCAAAAGAGCAUCUGAGGAAGCUUGAAGAAGCCAUCGCUGCCACAACGAACCUGGUGAACACAUUCAGCUCGACCGUCAACAGUCAGGUGCCUAACGUUAACCAGCUGGGACAAGAUGUUACUAAUCUGGACCAAGAUAUGGACAGUCUAAAAGAACAGGUCAGGAAGCAAUCCGAGGAUUCACAAAAGACCCUUUCUAACGCUGAAAACAGCCACCAAAGAGCAAAAGAUCUGGACACAGAGACACAGAACCUCCUCAGAAAAAUACAAGAGCUCCUGAAGCAGCUGAUGGACUCAAACAGCAGUGGAUCAGCUCUGGCCAACGCAGAUUUAGCCAAACUCCUGGAACAGUCUGAGAACAUGGUGAAGGAGAUGGAGAAGAGGAGCUUCAACGCGCAGAAAGAUGCAGCCAGAAAAGAGCAAGCUGAAGCAAACAAAUUUUUAGAGAAUGUCAAAACUAUCAUAAAGCAGUGCGAUGAGAAUGAAGCGGCGUCGAGGCGUGUUGACGAUCUACUGAGCAGCUAUGAGACCAAGCUGAAAGAGUUAGAGGAUUUGCUCAGACAGGCGGAUAAUAUGGUGAAGAAAACCAGCAAACAGAACGACAUCAACGCUGAAGGCCUUAAAGAUAUUCUGAAACGAGUGAAAGAUCUGGAGCGUGAGCGAGACCUCGUCCAGGAUCAGAUCGCUCUUGCUGUGAAACAGCUGAAAGACACUGAGGACGUCCUGAAUAUGUUCAAUGACAGUAAAGAGGAAUACGAACAGCUUGCAGCGCAGCUCAGCGGAGCAAAGACCGAACUCAAGGAUAAAGUCCAAACCAUCUCACACGCCGCAGCCAAAGAGAAGAUCGUGAAACAGGCAGAAAAACACGCAGAAAACAUGCACAAACUGGCCAAAGAGCUGCAAGAGGCUGUACAGAAUGUGAGUGGGCGCUCUGGUGUGCAGACCGCUCUCUCUGGGAUAGAGGCGUACAAAAACAUCACCGACGCUGUCAACGCUGCAGAGGAGGCGGCGAAGAAGGCCAAAGAGGCGGCUGACAAAGCACUCAAUGAUGUCAGUGAAGGGGACUUGAUCAACAGGGCAACAAAUCUGAAAAAUGAUGGCAAUAACCUACUUAAAGAUGCCACAGAUGCAACUAAAGAUCUUAAAGGAGCAACCAAAGAGCUCAAAAAUCAGAAGGAAUGCCUGCGAGAUGCUGAAGAGAAGAAGAAAGCUCUAGAAAAGGAGCUGCUCUCUGUCCAGGAGGGUAUGAAAGGAAUUCAGAGAGAUGACAUCGGUAACAUUAUCGACGCGGCUAAGAGAGCAGCAGCGGAAGCCGAUCGCACAACGAGUGACACAAUGAACCAACUAAACGACAUCAAAGCAGAAGUUACCAAGAUCUCCGUUACUCCGUCUGUCUCUAACAUCGACAGUGUUCUCGAUGAUGUGGAACUGACCGUCAAAAAUGUGAGCGGCUCCAUCCCAUCCCUGCUGGAUAAAAUAAAAGAGAUCAAUUCUCAGAUCAGCGCCGGGAACAACGUGUCUGAUAAUAUUAAAGAGAUAAAGGAGCUGAUCGAGCAAGCGCGAGACGCUGCUAACAGAAUUGUUGUGCCUAUGAAAUUCACGGGUAAAGGACAUGUAGAGCUGCGUCCUCCGCAAGAUUUGGACGACCUGCGUGCGUACACUGCUCUCACCCUGUCGCUCCAGAGACCCGAGAGACCCGGCCGGCGGCGCCGCCAGAUCAGGGAUGACAAUCUGUUCGUGAUGUACCUCGGAAACAAAGACGCAUCCGGAGACUACAUCGGCAUGGCUCUUCGCAAUAACAUCCUGCAUGUCAUUUAUAAACUCAAAGGAGAGGAGUACGAUAUUGAGGCAUCAAGCAUCACUGAGUCCUCAUCUGAUAUGGCUUUCUUCGACAAAAUCGACCUGUACAGAAUUUAUCAAGAUGCACAAGUUAUUCAAACAAAGCAGUUCACGUCGAUCAAUCCGAAGCAGGCGCAGCUGACAGAAAACCUGGGUGAACUGACACGAAACCUGCUGGAUCUCAGUCCAGAUAAAGUGGUCUUCUAUGUAGGAGGUUAUCCGGAUGACUUCACGCCACCGACCUCUCUCAGAUAUGGCAAAUACAACGGCUGCAUUGAGUUUUCCACCUUCAAUGACAAGUUCAUCAGUCUGUACAACUUCAAGAACGCUGUUGAUAUUAACUUAGAAACCCCUUGUAAGAGACAAAUCCCACUGUCGAUCUCAGACUCGGAUUACUAUGAAGGCACCGGUUACGCCAAAGUCCUGCUUGAAAGAUUCCCCAACUAUCUGUCCAUCAAUCAGAAAGUGGAAACGAGAGCUAGGGAUGCUCUUCUGCUGUAUUUAGGAGACGAGGAGGAUGACUUUUUCUACAGCGUCUCUCUUGAGAAAGGUAACGUUGUUCUGCGUGGCCAAAACAAAAUGAAUAUUUUGGAGCCCGUCAGAAGUCAGGAGGAAGCAAGCCUUUCUCCGGCAACAGAUGUGAAAGUUUUGAUAACUGCAGGAAGAGAGUUUAAAGUCCGAGUAGGGAACAUUGAGGUCAAGAGGACGGACGUCAUUCCACAAAUGUUCAAGCACUUCUACGUCGGCGGGAUUCCCAACUCUUUGCGUGAAAGAUACAACAUCACUAUCCCGGCUCUGAAAGGCUGUGUGAAAAUCGGCACGGCCGGCGGCUCCACCCCGAGCGUUAGAGAGAAAGUGGGCAUUGGCAGAGGAUGCACUAAUGAGCUACAGAUGGUAAGGAGAGCUGAAUUCAGCCUCGGCAGCGCACUGGAGAAACUCCAUGAGGACUUCAGCUUGGACGAUGUCGGUCUUUCUCUGGGCUUCAGAAGUACAAAACCAGACGGCAUCCUGCUGCAGAACAGCAAAAAUGGUAAAGACAUGGAGCUCUCCAUGGAGAACGGAUAUGUGCUCCUCAAAUCCCAAGGCAGCGUCUGGAAAUCUACCCAGCAGUACCAGGAUGGAGAAUGGCAUUAUCUCACUGUUUCUGGUCAAGGCCAGCGCAUCGAACUUCGAAUCGAUGAAGAAGAUGUUGGCCAGAGAGUGACGGGCUCUUCAUCUAGACUGUAUUCAUCCAGUGUAAUCCUGGGAAAAGACAACUUUAAGGGCUGCAUCUCCAACCUUUAUCUGAGGAGACCUGAUUCUCUUUACAGAGCGGAGGAUCUGAGCGCUUACUCUUCCACAGGAGAUGUGUUGUUGAACACAUGCAGCACCACACGCAAUAUCUAGCAGCACAGCUAUCGAGGCGAGGAGUAUCUGACGCAGACAUUUUACAUGGAGAUCUUUGGAAGAAAUGCUGUAAAGCAUUACUAACUCACUCUACCCAGCUGAUGCAUUAUAUGUUUAAUUUACAUAAUUAAAGAUGUUUUCAUUGCA